AUGCCUCUCUACACCAAAUUCAUAAAGGACAUCUUCACCAAGAAGGAGAAGUACAUUGACAAUGAAAACAUUGUGAUGGGAGGCAACUGUAGUGUAGUAAUACAGAGGAAGCUGCCCAAGAAAUUUAAAGACCCCGGGAGCAUGACAAUCCCUUGCACCAUAGGGAAUGAGUCAGUAGGCAAGGCUCUCAUUGACUUAGGGGCAAUCAUCAACUUGAUCAAUCACAAACUGUACAAGGUAGUAGAAGAUGUCCUCGUCAAAGUCUGCCACUUUACUUUCCCAGUGGAUUUUGUCAUCAUGGACAUAGAAGAAGAUGCAGGGAUUUCUUUUAUCCUAGGAAGACCCUUCAUGCUGACUGCCAACUGCGUAGUAGAUAUGGGGAAUGACAAUCUGGAAAUGAACGUCGAUGACCAAAAAGUAACCUUCAACCUUUUCGAAGCAAUUAAAUACCUAGGGGAAGAUAGGAGGUGCUUCAAGGUGGAGGAGGUCGAUAAAGAAGACAUCGUUGCUCUUCAAACCACACAGACUUCACUGGAGAAAGCUUUGAUCAAUGUUGUGGAUUGUCUAACAAGCGAAGAGGAAAAAGAUCUAAGGGCUUGUUUAGAAGACUUAGAUCGUGAAGAAAACAUUCUUGCAGGGGGGGGACCAAUUUUGAAGAAUUGA